GCAUUCGUCGACAGCGCAAAAAAUCAGCCAAAGUAGAAAAUUUGUCGUCUGCUCAUCGAGUUGGUCGAACGUAGCUUUCAGUAGCAAAUCAGUCGGACAAGCCGGAAGCUCGCUAGAGUCGCUCUCGUCUGGAUUUCAAUUUCUCAAAUUUAAAAGUUCUUGUACAAACGAAAACAAUAUGACCAUCAAGUCGAUCAAGGCCCGUCAAAUCUACGACUCGCGUGGCAACCCCACCGUCGAGGUCGAUCUGACCACCGAUCUGGGUCUGUUCCGUGCCGCUGUCCCCUCGGGUGCAUCGACCGGUGUGCAUGAGGCUUUGGAGCUGCGCGAUGGUGACAAGGCCAACUAUCACGGCAAGUCUGUGCUGAAGGCCGUUGGCCAUGUGAACAACACUCUUGCUCCCGAGCUGAUCAAGGCCAAUCUGGAUGUGACCGAUCAGUCUGCCAUCGAUAACUUCAUGAUCAAGCUGGACGGCACUGAGAACAAGAGCAAGUUCGGUGCCAACGCCAUUCUGGGCGUGUCUCUGGCCGUUGCCAAGGCUGGCGCUGCCAAGAAGAAUGUGCCAUUGUACAAACACAUUGCUGAUCUCGCUGGCAACACUGAUAUCAUUCUGCCUGUGCCCGCAUUCAAUGUGAUCAACGGCGGCAGCCACGCUGGCAACAAGCUGGCUAUGCAGGAAUUCAUGAUCCUGCCAACUGGCGCCACCAGCUUCACUGAAGCCAUGAAGAUGGGCUCUGAGGUCUACCAUCAUCUGAAGAAUGUCAUCAAGGCCAAGUUCGGUCUGGAUGCCACCGCUGUGGGUGAUGAGGGUGGCUUUGCCCCUAACAUUCAGUCCAACAAGGAGGCUCUCUGCCUGAUCAGCGAUGCUAUCGCCAAGGCUGGCUACACUGGCAAGAUCGAAAUCGGUAUGGAUGUUGCUGCCUCUGAGUUCUUCAGGGAUGGCCAGUACGAUCUGGACUUCAAGAACCCACAGAGCGACAAGGCCCAGUGGCUGUCGCCCGAGAAGUUGGCCAACUUGUACCAGGAGUUCAUCAAGGACUUCCCCAUUGUGUCCAUUGAGGAUCCCUUCGAUCAGGAUCACUGGGAUGCCUGGACCAACCUGACCUCCAACACCAAAAUCCAGAUUGUCGGCGACGAUUUGACUGUCACCAACCCCAAGCGCAUUGCCACCGCUGUGGAGAAGGGCGCUUGCAACUGCUUGCUGCUGAAGGUCAACCAGAUCGGCACAGUCACCGAGUCCAUUCAGGCCCAUUUGUUGGCCAAGAAGAACGGCUGGGGCACCAUGGUCUCUCACCGUUCCGGUGAAACCGAGGACUCCUUCAUCGGUGACCUGGUCGUCGGUCUGUCCACCGGCCAGAUCAAGACUGGCGCUCCAUGCCGCUCGGAGCGUCUGGCCAAAUACAACCAGAUUCUGCGCAUUGAGGAGGAGAUCGGCGCGGGCGUCAAGUUCGCUGGCAAGAACUUCAGGAAACCACAGUAAACGUUGACACUUCAAAAUUCCAAACACACCGAGCACACUCACCUCUCACGCUAAAAACAAAAAUAAACGAAAUGAAAAAGUAAAAAGAAACCAACCAACAAAAUGAACACAAGUGUCGCAUUUGGUGUAACGUUUUUGUCAACCUCUUAUUUGGGUUUGUGACUGGCGCACAAAGCAACCGAUCUAUACUAUUACCCACACUUUGCUUCGUUAUUAGACAUUAUGAUUAACGUUACGAUUAGUAUGAUCCUUCUCCACUCAUUUUAUGCUGCUCGACAGAGGCACAAAUAUCAUUGUAUAACCAUAAUAUGGUACGGAUUCAUCUAUGUUCAAUGCUGCCCCGAUCAACAAUAAAGAUACAAUACAAUUACAUACUUGUUAUAAGCAUCAAAUUGUUCGAUUCGAUCAGUUAGCGAGUAUAUAUUGUUAACACGCUAAAAACAAAAGACGAAUCCAUUAUACUCUUAUUCAAAGUGUUACUAGAUGUCAAAUAAAUAUGGUUGAAAAAAAAAA